AUGCGACUGCGCAACUCACACCCAAAUACUACCACCUGUAAAAUAGUUAACACAGUGCACACUGCCAGCCACAUAAUGUAUUCGUACUAUUUGUUGCACUUGUUCAUGCUUUCAACAUAUUGCUGCAGCGCGCAAGCACCAAACACGGUAGAUUACUUACCGCUUGGCGCACUCGGCGCUGCUGUAGAAGCGGACGCAACGCGAAUGACUAUCGCGCUUCCGCAAGGUUUUAAACCAGAAGCGCCACCACACCAACCAAUGCUAUUGCCCUUUGCUACGCCAGCGCCAAGUAUCCCGUCUGGCGGCUGGAGGCCCAUAGUUGGCGAUGCAGUAACACCACCUCACAGCAUUAUAAUGACACCACCAACGCCGCUGGUACCUCCACCGCUUGCAGUGCUGCAGGAUCGCAUCGAUUUGGGAUCGCGCGAGGAAAACGUCGUACAGCAAGAUGGUCCCUUAUUAGAGUCGAUUGUAUAUGGUACAUGGAAGCCGCCGGAACGUCCGCUGAGUCCCGACGAAAUUCAAAAACCUACUGCGCCACCCGUUGCUGCUACGACAGCUAUGUACAGCCGCAAACGCCCUGCAGCUUCAUUGGAACGUCUUGGCGUCGAGCAUCCGAUUGCUGGCAUACAAACUGCCGGCGCAGCACCAUUGAAUCAGAAAUAUGAACGCAAACGCAUAUCGACGACGACACGCGCACAGCAUCACGCCGCCUCUCCACCAACCAAAUACUACAUACAUUUCAAUAUGUCCGAUCCGAAUAUACUGGAGAUGGUCAAACAAAUAAAUGAUUCAAUUGACGAAACUUCGGCGCACUUACAUACACUGAAAAAGCAUACUUGGAAGCAUCAGGAAACUUCCGAAAGUUCACUGGAAAAUGAAAGUGAAAAUGAAAAUGAGAAUGAAGCGAAAUCAGAAUCAGAAGCCGAGUCGGAAACGGAAAUGCCAACCGCUGACGUUAGCAAAGUUUGGCCAACAGAUUUCAUAGCUUCAUUGGAACGCCAAAAGCUAACACAACAAAACGUCAGUUAUAGUUUUAAUGGAGAUAGCUCUGAUCCGCCGCAAGCAUUAAAUGGAUUAAAUAUACCAAGCUCCUUGAUGCCGGCGUUUAACAUCACCAGAGUUGGCGUACCUUAUGAAAAACAAAGCCCUGCCGAAGAGCCAGCAUUAUGUGUACCGCUAACAGUACUUGAACAGGCAGGCGAGGGGGAGGUAAUGGAAGUAGAGCGAGUUUAUUGCUUUCCACUACCCCCAAGCCAUAAAGACACAUCGGUAAGGGACGGCACAAAGGCAAAGGUGGAGAAUUAUACCGAAUAUGAGGGGAUAAAUGCGACGGAGCGCCUCAAUUUGAGUGUGAAACAGCUGAUCAGCUGUAAAGGUUUAUCAUUUGGCACAAACAAUUCGCGGUCAUCACGUCAGAAUUUAGGAAACUUUUUCGACCUCGAUCUUGAACUAGAACGUGCUGUCGUGAGCAAUAUUUUACAUAACGAUGAAGAGAUGACAAAGAAAUUCUAA